AACGAGGUUAUUUCGUCUUUCUCUCAUCAAAACAUCAGGACGAUAUUAUGACCGUGAUAAAACAAUAAGGAGAGACGAUAUCUUUAAGGUUGAAUCAUAAUGACCACGAUCAAGUCUAUAAUCAUAGGACUCUCUCUUUUGUUGCUUCUCCACUCGGUCCUAUUGACUCAUGGAUCUAAAUCAAAGCUACAUCACCGAAAGAAGUCAAAAUCGGACGAAAAGCUAAACAAAAGAUCGUUUUACUACAAUUCAAGGAAAUUCCGAAACCUACCUUUGAGGAAAGCUGUUCAUGCCAGCGCGAGCUCCCAUACACGAUCAUUGUACCCCAAUUAUAACCAGGGUCAAUAUUACCCAUAUCCCUCACCUCAGGCAGCCUACUACCCCCAACCAGCUACCUAUCCCGCAAGCUACUCAAGCUACCCCGCAGCUUCGAGCUCCUAUCCAAGUUACCAUCCCGCACCGGCUCAAGCGGCUGCAUCCCAAGUUAUGUUGCCGGAAGUUUACCUGUACACUUCUGCAUACCCGGGCCAAAGUUCAUAUAUGCAUGCAGCUGCUGCUGCCAAUGAAGACACCCAACCAAAUCGUGAUGAGAUAUUUACAAUCGGAGGCAAACAAUUCAAGAGCAUUGGCUGCUGGAACGAUGAUAUGAACGCAAGAGCUUUAAAAAGCCAAGAAGGAAAACAUCCAUUACUCAAGAAUCCUAAUUACAAAGCGCGAUCAAAUGCAUUAAUGAAGUGUGCACAAGUGGCCAGCCAGAAGAACUUUAAACUGUUUGCCCUUCAGAAUGGAGGUCAGUGCUUCGGGCAGAUGAACUCGGUGGAAAGCUACAAAAAGUAUGGACCAUCACAAAACUGUAAAGGUGACGGAGAGGGUGGGCCACUAAGUAACGAAGUCUACAGCUUUGUUCAAAACAACAAGACUGUGGUUCCAAUGGAAAAAAAUCAAAACAGUGGCUGGUCAGCUUGGUCUUCCUGUGCUCAACCCUGUAAUGGCGCAAAGGGAAYCCAGUCAAGAUAUCGUCCUUGUAACUCUCCCGUCCCAACUAACCCAUGCUCUGGGCCAGUAUAUGAAACUCGAGGUUGCUCAGUAACUCUCUGCUUGCCAAGCGUGGUUAUUGGGCAGAGCAGCACAGCAGCACCCAGUACAGCUGGAACGACAGCAGCACCAACUACAGGAGUAUCAGCCUCGUCAAUUAUGCCAGCUACUGGAAGUACGACCCCACCGCCAAGUACAACGGCAGCUGCAUCCUCUGUCAUGCCAGCCACAGGCUCAACUACUCCUUCACCUCCUCCAUCAACAACGCCGCCGCCCCCACUCCCUUCAUCGACCCAGCCUCCUUCUCCUUCACCGCCACCGCCAACUCCACCAACAACACCACCAACACCACCACCUCCACCACCAAUUGCGCCAACGACCCCUUCACCCAAAGUUUGCAAAGCUACUGUUGAUCUUGGCAUUGUCAUGGAUGGUUCAGGAAGUAUCGAAGCACAAGGUGUUGGAAACUUUGACAAGUGCAAGAAUUUCGUCAAAAAACUAGUCGACGGAUUUGAUAUUUCACCACAGGGCACCCACAUUGGACUUAUACUUUUUAACCAUAAUUCCAACGUAGAGUUCGGUUUUGAUAAGUUCAAUGACAAGCAAUCAAUAUUUAAAUACGUCGAUGGAAUUGUAUAUCCUAGAGGAGGAACCAACACUGGAAAAGCACUUCAAUUAGCAAAAACAGGUCUUUUUGACGCCAGUUCACGAAAGGGCGUGCCUAACAUUCUUGUUGUCAUGACUGAUGGAAAAUCAAAUGAUCGCGUGACGGAGCCUGCACAAGAAUUGCGUAACUCUGGAGUGACUGUCUUUAGUAUAGGGGUUGGUAACGGAUUUGAUAAGACUGAACUGAAAGAUAUGGCAACAGAUCCAGAUUCUGAACACGUGGUUACUACAGGGUUUGACCWACUCGACGGCGUAAUUGAAAAAAUCAAGGACAAAGCUUGUAAAGGCGCGGGUGGUGCAACACAAUCUCCAGCUGCAGCUUCCGCAACACAACCUCCAUCUAAACCUUUAUUUCCAUCACCGGCGUUACCACCUCCAGCACCACCACCACCACCACCUCCACCACCUCCUGCACCACUACCUCCUGCCCAAGCACCAUGUAAAGCCAAAGUGGACCUCGGAUUCCUAUUGGAUGCUUCAGGAAGCAUCCAAGCUCCUCCAAAAGGAGCACCAGGCAACUUUAAAAAGUGUUUAGACUUUAUCGUUAAAAUGGUACAGGAAUUCGAAAUUUCUGCUGAUGGCACGCACAUUGGGCUUGUACGUUUCGACAACAACGCCAAAACUAUUUUCGACUUCAAAAAAUUCACUGAUCAGUCAAGUGUGAAGACAGCUGUGGAGGGUGUGACAUACACAGCUGGUGGAACCUUAACUGGAAAGGGAUUAAGAUUGGCUAAAAAAGAGCUGUUUGAUGCCAGUGCUCGCAGCGGUGUGAGACAUAUCUUGAUUGUUAUGACUGAUGGAAUUUCAUUCGAUAGCGUCGAUGCCCCUUCAAAAGAACUUCGAGAUUCUGGAGUUAAUAUAUAUAGUCUCGGCAUAGGCAAAGGUUAUAAUGAAAGGCAGCUGGACGUCAUGGCAACUGAUCCUGAUGACAAGCACGUGUUCAAAGCAGAAUUUGAUAAUUUGGGUAGUGUGGUGAAAAUCAUUAAGGACCAAGCUUGCAAAGAAUCAAACUCGGGUAGCACAGGUACAACUACGACAAGCGGCUCACAAACAGGUACAACUUCUGGUGGCUCACAAACAGGUUCAAUUACAACAGGAUCAUCAGUUUCAGUUCCCAGUAAAACCACGAUAGACCUCGGCUUUUUAUUAGACGCUUCAAGUAGCAUCGAUGUUCAACAUCACUUUGAAUACUGCAAGAACUUUAUUAUUGCGUUGGUUAGGGCUUUCGAUAUUCGCGCUGGUGGCACUCACGUUGGACUUGUACGUUUUGAAACAAAAGCAGAUGUAAUAUUUGACUUUAACAAGUAUACUGAUGUGUCAAGUGUGGUGGCACGCGUGCAGGAAAUACAGGGUCGAGGAGGAGAGACCAAUACAGCUAAUGCAUUAGAUGUCGCUAAGAACAGCCUAUUUGAUGUAAGCGGAAGAAAGGGUGUGAAACACGUCUUGAUUGUCUUGACUGAUGGCCGAGCAAACGACCACGAAUCAGUUCCUGAUGCUUCACGACGUUUACGUAAUUCUGGAGUAAGCGUCUUCAGUAUUGGUGUAGGAACGGAGUAUGAUUUUAGUGAACUAUUAGACAUGGCAGGCGAUAAAUAUCAUGUUUUUACUAGAAGGUUUGAAAAAUUGCUAGGUCUGGUGGGGACCAUAAAAGACAAAGUUUGCAGCACAGGCGCGGACACACCACAGGAAUCCCAUUCAGAUAAACGUGAAGCAGGUCAGCUAAAAUCCCAGCAAGAAAUAGUUGAAGUAAGCGAUGAAAGCGAUAGAAAUUCCAUCGACGAGGAAAAGUUGAAACAAGCUAACGAAAGACCCAACAGCUCAGAAACUGAUGGUAAAAAAAUUGCAGCAGAACAUCUUGAACAGUACCCAAAAAACAGUGACAACAAAAACCUCGAAAUGCCGCUGUCCAAAGUAACUUCAGAGAACCAGGACAAAAGUGAUCAACAAAUAACUGUUGAUGAGCCAGAAACACCGACUGAAAACAGUUACGUAAACACGGAUGAAAGACCAUACCUAGACUUGGAUACCGAGAAUAAAAUUCUCAGCCAUUCUAGUUUUAAAGAUGAUGACAGCGAUGUGCAAUUAACGACCAUUGAUGAACCUCAGUCUACAAAGCACUUUUAUGGACUUUCGUCUUCCAGAGAUGAUACCGACUCGAUCAAGGGUACCGAGUUUGUUCACAGUCGACCUGCCAAUAAUAAUAAAGAAGAGUACGUCUUUACAGAAGAUGAUUUUGGUAAGCGAAGAUCCCAUGUGCAACACCGAAUAGCACACAAAAGGUCAAAGAUGCUGAAGCUUAAGGAGCACCAAAAAGCAAGAAGGACAAGAUAAAACGGUGAAUCAAAACCCCGAAGCAGGCGCUUGUACCAUUUUCAAUUAUUAUUUAACUAGCUGGCUAGCAAUGCUGAUACUUAGUAUGUCACCUCCUGCAUAAGGGACCACCCCUCCCCUUUCCCUAGCCCCAGUCUCAUCUCUUAUACCCCAAGGGCAAGGCAGCCAAGCCGAAUACGGUGUAUAUCAACUUAUAACAUGCUGAUGUAAGUAAAAAAUCAGUAUUGCAGGAAAUAUUGAAAUUAUUGUAUGUUAUUUAUUUGAAGAGAUUCUGCAUAAAAGAGCGCAAAUGUAUUAGCUUAUAAGGUAUCAUUCAUGAUUUAUCCGUAAUAAAAUGAAUGCUAUUUCCGUCGGGUUUCA